GCCGACGCGGUGGCGUUAUUUCUGUGUUUCCUUAGCAGAUAAGAUUUGUAAUUUUGAAGAAAUGGUAUGACCAUUUUCGCCAUUUUCAGUCCUCACCCAAAACUGUUCAUCCCAAUCGAAUAAAUAAAAAAAAUUCAGAUUUCCGAGACCACCACCAUCCCGAGAAGGAAGUAACUUGCGUAUACCUUUCCACCGGAUUGCACUUGUUUAUAUUCGUCUUUGGAAAGGUUAUUUGGUUUCAACAAGCGGAAGAAGAAUUUAGAACAAGGAUGGGGCUGCUCUCCAAUAGAAUUGAAAGGAGCAGCCUCAAGCCCGGGGAUCACAUAUAUUCAUGGCGUUCUGCUUAUAUUUAUGCUCAUCACGGUAUCUACGUUGGAGAUAAUAGAGUCAUACAUUUUACGAGACGUGGACAAGAAGUGGGGACUGGUACCAUAUUAGAUGUCCUCCUGGUAAGCUCCGGUCCAGCUAGAUCCCAUGUGCCAUGUUCCACCUGCGCGCCAGCCCAAGAGGGACAUGGUGUGGUCACCUCAUGUCUGGACUGCUUUCUCUCCGGUGGAAUCCUGUACCGAUUCGAAUAUGAUGUCAGCCCUGCUCUCUUUCUCGCAAAAGCCCGAGGAGGAACUUGCACACUGGCUGUUUCAGAUGCUGAUGAUGAGGUGGUUCAUCGAGCUAAAUACCUGCUCGAAAAUGGCUUUGGGUGCUACAACGUAUUUAAGAAAAACUGCGAAGAUUUUGCUAUUUACUGCAAGACCGGAUUGCUCGUUCUAGACCAUAGCACCAUGGGGCAGAGCGGGCAAGCAGUGUCCAUCAUCGGCGGACCCCUUGCAGCUGUCUUAUCUACGCCAUUGCGCCUCGUCACCACCAACAUAUACGGGAUGGUAGCUACUGCUGUCGGGGUUUACUGCGCCAGCCGUUAUGCUGCAGACAUUGGCAUGAGGAUGGACGUGGUGAAAGUCCCUGUCGAAGAACUUACAAGUAGGCUUGCUGCUGGUAUGCUUCAGGUCAUCGAACCAAGCCUUCCUUCUCUACCUGCACCCGCAGACUAGGCCAAUCAGAGCCCAUCACGUGGCGCAGUGUGAGAAUAUAGAAAGAGUCAGCAUCACCACCAAAGUUUCCUUCCUGUUUGGUCUCAAUGUCCACUGCAUACUUCAAGAUUGAGAGUGGCCAAAAAU